CAUAGCAGUUUUUCUUCAUAUAUGGCUUAGCAUGUGUCAGCUGACAAAUUCAUAGGAAGGUUGGACAGGAAAUGCCCUUAGGGUUGUGGGGGUUCCUCUCUGGAUAUACACACGUGCACAUGCACAUGUACAAGGAUGAUAUAUAAGUAUGUCAGUUUAUGAAUGCUUACCUAUAUUUACUUUCAAAGAGUUUUGUCAACAUCCUGUUUGUCCACUCCAUCAUUUUCUUCACUGCUUGCUAUACACUCCUCCUCCGUGCUGCCUCACAAUGCUCUUACCUAAAAGGAAAUGUGAAACAUCUGGACUUUUCACUCAGUCGAAUGGACGUUAUUUACUGUUUUCAAGUUGGAUUUAGGACAGUUAUGGAAAAUUGAAAUACUUCAUGAUAAAAUGUCUUUGACAAGUCAUUUCUUCACGUAAACUUCACGUUAAUGAAUUUGGAGCUUUGGUAGUUGAGUGAUGUCAGCCCACGCACCCAAGAGAGCACACUACACACUGCUUCCCACGACCUGAGACAAAAUCCGUCAGAAAUUUUCUUUCUUUACUUUUCUAUUUUCGCCUCCCUGCUGUUGCUUUUAAACAAGGAGUGGAGUUUUAGAUUGAGCCCACAAGGGACCUUCUUCUAUACCACAUGUAUGUGUGUCUGUGUUUAGGGAUUGUACUGUGCACAUCUGGAGGGAAGAGGGGAGGGGUGAUCCAUGCCUGAACUCUGAGAUAGGCUAUGGUGUGUGUGUGUGUGUGUGUGUGUGUGUGUGUGUGUGUAAUCUGCAGCAGAUGACUUUUGGGGGAUGAGAGGGUCUAAAGAAAGCUAACGUUUCCUCGGUUAAAGCAACUGCUUCGAUCUGUAUGGACAUCUCAGCUAAAAUGGCGAUCCAAGUGUGCUGUAGUUAAAUGCAAACUAAAUGUCUUUCAUCAAACAGUGUUGGAUCCGUAAUGGUUGCAUUAAAUCAUUUGCAUCCAAGGAGGAAUUUGGCGAAACUUGAAUGCAACAAAGGAAUGCGUUGAUUUGUUAAACCUGUUGUUUUGCGCUCCGGUGGAAUGGCAUAUUGGUUUUACUGCAGUUUUCUUUUGUCCUGCGGUGGAGUGCUGAUAUUUUUUGCGCCUGCUUGCGCAGUUUGUCCCGAGCGAUGCGAUUGCCAGCACGCGCAGCAUAUUGUUUGUGCAAACCGCGGUCUGCGCGCGGUGCCCAAAGCGCCGCAUGUAGAGCGCGCGGGGGACGUUCGAGUUCUCGGCCUCGCGGGAAACUUCAUUCACAACCUCAGCGCGUUUGACUUCACGCGCUAUGGAAACCUCAUGAGGCUCAAUCUCCAGUUCAACCAAAUAAGGAAUAUACACACGAAAGCUUUCGAGAAACUCUCCAAGCUGGAGGAACUCUAUCUGGGGAACAACUUGAUCUCGACCAUACAAUCUGGAACGUUACAGUCGCUUAAAAAAUUAACAAUAUUAUACAGUAACAACAAUGAAAUCAAAGACGUCAUUUCUGAAUCUUUUAGUCAUUUAAAUAGUCUUGUCAAACUAAGACUUGACGGAAACGGCAUAGAGCUCCUAAAAGAGUCUGUCUUCAAAGGUCUCACAAAUUUAAUGUUUCUGCACUUAGAAUCCAACCAACUUCGCCAUAUUGACAAAAAUGCGUUUUUCAGACUUAACAAAUUACAGUUUUUAAAUCUGUCAAACAACAAGCAGACGGAGCUGCGUGAUAAUUUCACGUUUUCCCAUCUGAAGUCCUUGGCUACUCUUCUGCUCGCAGGCAACGACAUAAGGUACGUUGGAAAUCACGUCUUUGAGAACUUAAAAAGGCUCACGAAAUUGUCUUUAAGCCGCAAUAAGAUAUCAAAAGUAGACAACGAGGCGUUCAAAGGACUUUCGCGCCUCAAAGAGUUCACUAUUGACAGCAACGAGCUGACAGAGAUACCUGCAGGUCUACUGGAUCCACUCGAGCGCAUUGAACAUCUCGACUUCAGUGAUAACCACAUAACCCGAGUGGACCCCGGUGCUUUCAGUUCUCUAUCACACUUAAAAACCUUAAAACUGAAAAACAAUCUUCUCACGAAUCUUUCCGGUGGCAUUUUCGCCACUAACGGCGUCCUGUUUCACGUGGAGCUUAAUGGGAAUAAUUGGACAUGCGACUGCCGGAUGGAGAAACUUAAAAGCUGGAUGACGCAAGCGCAUUCUCAGGGGAAACUGCUGAGCGCAUUUGUGCGUUGCCAUAGCCCACCUGCAUUGGCGGGAAAGUAUUUGGACUAUGUCAGCCAUUCUCAACUGGGUAAUCUGAGUGGUUAUUGCGACUCUGCACAUCUGUCUCAGCCUUUGGAGAGCCGUGGAGUAGUGUUAAAAUCAUCGGUUCUCAAAGAGAAUAGUAAAGGGAAGAAGAAUGUGGGGAUCCAAGGAGAUGAAGGAAAGCAAGGGCCUGCAACGACCCUGGGGAGAAAGAAGAGGAGGAAAUUGGCUAGCACAAGGCCUCGACCCACAACUGAGGAUUCUGGGAAUGUGAGGAAAACAGGGAACGGCUUGUCAAUAGCAAACAGCACUGAUUUAUUGACUACCAAAGCCACUCUAUUGACAGCUGACAGUAUGCACAACCACAGCAACAACCAAGAGGAAGUGACCCACUUUCCUUUCACCUCAGACCAACAGGAACAGUUUAACCUGCCCCUACAAGAAAGAUUAAAGCAUCACGACUCACAAACUGCAGCGAUUACAGACGCCUGUCAAUUCAACCGUCACUCCAUCCUGAAUGUCAGCGUGGAAGAUGUCACAUCCAAUACGGCCACAGUACGCUGGAGCACAGCUCCUGACAUGGGACUAGUUAAUGGGAAAGAACUCACAUUCCGUGUUUUAUUUGACCGUUUCGGGCACGCUUUCCGUUUCCCACGCUAUGUUUACACAGAUGGAUCAGACAGGGCUGUGACCCUCCAGGAGCUAUGCCCGGACUCCACCUACAUCACCUGUGUAGAGAGUGUGGUGGGUGGGGCUUUGUGCCAGGUAGCUCCUCGAGAUCACUGCACUGGAUUUGUAACCCUUUCACCCUCACUGAAAAGUGAGGUCAACAUGCAGCUCAUCACAGUUGUAGCUCUGGCAGCCAAUGCACUGCUUCUCCUCGUGGUGGGUGGAGUCUGGCUGGGGCGCUUGGUAAAGAGGAGAAUGAAAAGCAGGAAAUCAUCUGCACAUGCUCAUGUGCGUCACAUGUACUCUACCAGAUAUCCGUUUCGUUCUGCCAUGGCCACUACCUGCGUGUCUUCUGAAUUCAGUGGGUACCAGAGUGGCAGACAGCUGGCUGCUGAAGAAGGUGACCUCAUUCAGUUCCCCGGUGAACGUUUCUUUGACAACAGCCCUGUACGAAGAGACGAUGAUGCCAUAAUGCUUAGAUACUCAGAUUAGAUGAGAUGCUCUUGUGUAUGUUGGGUAUCUUGUAAACCCUAAAGUGACUAUUGUGGGGUCGUUUAUUGGUUUUGGACAUUUUUUGCAUUUUGGCACUAAUGAUAAGUAACUACUACAUUAUAAUCAUUCAAAUUUGGUUUUCAAGGACAUGCAAAUGGAGAAAAAGUGAUUCUCUCAACCACGCUUUCAUAUUGUUUGUGAAAUCUUUCUUUCUUUUUCUUUGUUUCUUUUCUUAUCAGCUGCUGGUUGGCAUGUAUUCCAGUCAUUGUUCACAGUAUUUGAUUUUUUUUGUAAUUUGUGCAGAUAUACUGAAGUAUUCCAGGCAUGUAUAUUGCUUGAUGAUUUCAAGCUCAAAAAUAGGCAUUUCAUUAAACAAACAUUUAUUUAAAAUAAAAGAACUUAACUUCAUAUAAUAUCUAAAAGUAUAAUUUUGUGUGUAAUGGGUGUCUUUUGUGUGUAUACCGAACUACUAGACUGCACAAAU